AUGCCCGGACUCAUCAGCGGGGGCCGGGAAUACGCCGAUAGCAUCAUGCUAUAUUUGGACAAUCCAUUGCUCACCCCCGUCAACGAUCGAGGCGUGGCACAAGAAGCAGAAUUGUUCGAAAGUAUCACCUUGGAACAGUUUGGCCGCCGCUUAGCGCAGGUAAUCAACACUUACUUGCUUGUGGGUCAGGUCUAUGGAAUUGCCAUGGAAGCCGACUCCAACUUCAAGUACAACAUCACGGCGCCUGUUGAAGUUGGUAACCUUGUUGAAGUCUACACUAUAGAUUGGACGUGGAUGACCUUGUUCAUUGUGUCUUGUGUCAUAUUGCUUGCAAGUGGUAUCACAGGUAUAUUCUUUGCUUAUCUAGCUAUCGGGCCCGAGAUUCUUGGCUAUGCUUCUUCCAUUGUUCGAGAUUCCAAGUAUAUCGCUCUUCCCGCCGAGGCCGGCAAGAAAGACGCAUUUGAGGUGGUUAAGAUUAUGGGACGCAAAAGACUCAACAGUAACACAUUCGACCCAAACAUCGACAUCCCCGAUCUCAGCGGGAAAGUCUUUGUCGUCACCGGAGGCAGUGCAGGCAUAGGAUACGGAAUCUCAGCUCACAUCCUCCAGCACAAUCCCAAAAAGCUUUAUCUCCUCGGCAAAAAACAACACCAUCUCGAUGAAGCCGCUGAAGGUUUAAAGAAAUUCGGCGACAUUUCACGUGUGGAGUUUGUCCAGGUUGAACUUGAAGACCUCCAUGAUACGGAUAAAGUUGCCAAGAAACUCGCAUCAGAGUUGGAGCGGCUUGACGCGUUGGUUCUCAACGCCGGAUUAGGCGUCGGACCUUAUGGAGAGACAAAUGACGGCAUUGAUAGUCACAUGCAAGUCAAUGUCUUUGCGCAACAUCAUUUGGCCAUGACUCUUCUGCCAAAGCUCAUCGCUACUCCAGACAGUAGACUUUGUCUGCAGUCAUCAGACAUGCAUCGCGCAGCACCCAGCUCAAUCAAGUUUGCCAACCUUGAGGAGAUCAAUACAGAUAUCGGCCCAGCGUAUCUUUACAACCGUACCAAGCUGGCCCAGAUUCACCUUGUCCGGGCUCUUGUUCGACGCAAAGAACGAGGCGAGCUUGGAAUGCAGCCUGGCAAGGGACCAUGGAUUAAUGCGACUCACCCUGGCGGUGUCAAGACGGAUCAGCAGGAACAGGCGAUUGAUGCUUACGGGACUCUUGGUAAAGUUGGCGUGGCUAUUGUCCGACCAUUCUUGAAGGAUCCCGUUGACCAAGGUUGUCGGCCGAUUCUGUUUGCUGCGACUAGUGAUGCUGUCAAGGAAGAGAAGAUUGAUGGUUGUUAUAUCGUUCCAGACCGCAAGGUUACUGAGCCGACUUCGCAAGCCCUGGACGAAGAACUUGGGGAGCAGUUAUGGAGGCUUACUGAGACAAUUUUGAAGGAGAAGCUUGGGUCAACAACGCAGUGA